AUAAAGCAGAUCUUCCGCAUGGUGAGCUGGACUGGAAACUCCUGAACCUUGUCUUCUCAGAUCUGUCCAUCAUGGGCGUGGCCUACAGCGUAGGAGAAGUGGAUCAUCUGUACACGUUCUUCGUGCAGUGGACUCCAGACAUCUACACUACACGCUACAGGAAGCGUCAUGGCCUCCUAUUGGUCACUAAGGAAAAACUGGUUGUGAUUGACAGCUUGCUGAGAGAACCGAAUCCUCAACACUGGAAUAUCAUCACGGUGAAGAAGGGGAAGCGUUUUCCAAGCGUGUGCAGCUCUGAGGACGAGGACACUGAGGACACUGAUUACACACUUCCUGUGCUGCUACAGGACAGUCACGUCCUCAUAGAGCAUCACAUAGAGAAGUUAGCUCCUCAUCUCCCAGCUCGGGUUCAGUGUUCUCCCUGGCAGUUGGUUUACAGCACAGAAGUUCACGGCACCAGUCUGAAAACCCUGUACAGAAAAACUGCAGAAAUCCAACAACCAGUUCUACUACUGAUCCAGGACACACACCACCAGGUAUUCGGAGCGUUCUCCUCAGACUCGUUCAGAGUGAGUGACUGUUGUUAUGGAACAGGAGAGACGUUCCUCUUCACCUUCAGCCCUGAGUUUAAGAUGUUUCGUUGGAGUGGAGAGAACUCAUAUUUUGUGAGAGGGUUCCUGGACUCUCUGCAGCUGGGAGCAGGAGGAGGGCCUUUUGGCUUGUGGUUAGAUGCAGAUCUUCUCCGUGGCUCGACGUUUUCCUGCAAAACUUUCCGUAACGCUCCUCUGUCUCCACAUCAUGACUUCAGCGUGCGAGCACUCGAGGUGUGGACCUUUCAGUGAUCAUGAGAACCCACCUCAGACCCUGUUCAUAUCUCACACACUUACACAAACUCACACUCACACACAUACACACACAAUCGCUCUCACACACACUCACACACACACACACACACACACACACACACACACACACACACACACACACACACUCACACAAUCGCUCUCACCUCGCACACACACACACACACACACACACACACAUAUUGUGACUGUAUUGUUCAAAUGGUAUGUAUUUGCUUUUCUAUCACACUAAUGCACAUGUCUGUGUGUGUGUGUGUGUGUGUGUGUGUGUGUGUGUGUGUAAAUAGUGUUAAAUUGUAAAUCUGUGUACAGUUUUAUAUUUUCAUGUUAUUAAGUUAUAGUUUUGUACUGCUGAGUUUCACAGUGCCAGCAAUCAAUAAAUCAUU